AGUGAAUCCAUCAACAAGUUUACUGAUUGUCAAUAACGACAUACAUCCUGCUGAUAUAUAUGGAGAACCAAGCUUUCUAUCAUGGGAAGGAGAAAGAUUGAGAUCCAACCGCUUACUGAUGACCGUAACAGAACGGUCACCUUUGUCAAGCGGAAAGCAGGGCUUUUCAAAAAGGCACACGAGUUAGCCGUGUUGUGCCAAGUCGACUUAGCCGUGGUCAUCGUCGGCAAUAACAACAAGGUCUACGAGUUUUCGUCUGUCGAUACCAACGAGCUCAUCAAGCUCUACCAGCACAACACCAGUGUCAAUCUCAAGCCACAGGAAUCGAAAUCCCCAGAAAACUACGGCAACUACAAGAAAAAGAGCUAUCUCCACGAGAAGUUGACCAAAAAAUCCAAUGGUGGUGUCGAUAUGGAAGAGGAUGACGGAGGCGAGGAAGGUGACUCUGAUUACGAUAGCGAUCCGCCUGAGCCAAAGAGGGCCAAGAGAAGCUUUUCCGAGAUCAAGACCCAGCGUACGUCUCCCAAGUUGAGUGGACCAAAACCUCAUCCCCCUCCUCCGCCCCAUAUUUCUAUGACAAAUGUACCUACAUUCAACCAGCCCAAUUACAGAAACAAGGACGAACUAGGCCAGGGAAAUGGCCAUGGCCACAGCAUAUCGCACAAGAGAGAGGACUCCAUCAAUUCAAACAGCUCGCAGUCCUUGCGUCCGGUUCUUAGAGUCCAAAUACCUUCAGACUCUAAGAAGGGCAAUAAGAAUAAAAGUGCUAUUUCGGAUAGCGCCCUCACAAUCAGUGCUGUUGACACCGGCUUGCAUUCUUCUUCCAACGGACACAGUUCUGGUAGAAUCAACAGUAGCGUGACGCUGGAAGCCUCCAUGCAUAACACUUCAAUCAACAAUGAGUCCUCCAAUGGACCAACGCAUGCUCCACCUCGUGGCACUUCCACCCAACAUGGUUUAGGAGUAUCUAAUAUACCUCCAAUCACCAGUAGGGGGUCUACGUUUUCGUCUUUCAGAUCGCCAGAUGGAACUCGCAAGCCAACGCUUCCAUUGAUCAUACAACCCAAAUCCCAAAGCUCGUCCCCCUCCAGUGCCACUGCUCCUCCGCUCCCUUUGUCAAUGAACACCACCAACUCCAAUAAUAUCAACAAUAUGUUCUACACCUCUCUUCCCCAGACUUCGCCCUCCUCUGCUUACCCAGGAUCAAUUCUUCCGACUCCUGUCAUGAACCAAGUGUAUACUCAGAACAACAAUGAUCAGAAUGCCGCAAACAACUCCAAUGCAGCAAAUAAGCUACGAUCGUCGUUAAUCAACCAGCAAGGAGGAAUGCAGUACUCGGUUCCCACCAACAAUGCCAACAAUGGUCCCAACGGAAACUCUCACAGCAACGGAGAGCAGACGCCAAUGUCAGGACUUCCAUCGAGGUACGUCAACGAUAUGUUCCCUUCACCGUCUAAUUUCUAUGCCCCUCAAGACUGGCCCAAUCCUCCAGGGAUGACUCCACUGAACAACAACUCCUUAUAUUUUAUGAAUAUGCUACCUUCCGCAGGUCCAACUGGGCCCGGUAUACACCAGACUUUGGCAGACCCAAACAGCAAAAAAGUGGGUAAUCAGAACCGGGCCCCCAUGGGUUCUCGAAGUGAAAAUUUGCCAUCGCCACUCCACUUCAUGUCCAACGCAUCCUUUAGCAAUGCCAACCAACACAACCAAUCCAACAAUUCCAACCCCGGCACUCCUAACCAGAAGAGAUAGGGAGUCUGUGAUUUUCAUUUCUCGUUUGUAUAUUAUUAGGGUUAUGACCAUGUAUCAAUUUAUGCUAUAGGAGAUCAGCAAAGAUAGAGAUUAUUUUGAAUGAACGAUGUAUAAGUAUCAUAGAGA